UGCUAGGGUAGCAGUAGAUCGGACCCGGGUAUUGGACAUAAGAACAAACAAUUCUGCUGGCGUCACAUCUUUGUGAGGAAAGAUGGAAAACCCUUCUUCACGAGGGUGUGAACUGGGCGUCUUGGAUUCGGCAUUGGCUGCGUGGUUUCUGAGUGAAUUGGUGGGUAGAUCACUUCGUGUUCGUUAGUGAAGGUUGAGGCAUCAUGAGGUUCUACUUGUGUGGGGGCUUGGAUGCGCCAGACUGGAUUCUGGCCAACAUCGUCACUCUAUCAUCUAUUCCAUCGGCGAAAGUGAAGGUACUGGUGGAGUAUAUCAUACAGCGAAUUUCUGAAGGUGUUUUUGAUUAUGAAAACGCAUUGAAAAUAACAACUGACGCAUCUCUUGGGGUAUCAGAUGCGAAGGCAUGCAUUGCAGCACUCCAUUUCAUGGUCUCGAAUGCUGCCAAGUUUGAUGUAGAAGAUCAUACACUUACUCGUGAAUUGCAACAGCUAGGCCUACCAAAAGGGCACACUGAUGCUGUUGUGAGACCCUAUUGGUUGCGGAGAGAGUCACUCCAGACGAAGCUCUUGCAAGAAACACUACAACUUCCUGCUCUUGAGAUCAAAGCCUGGCAAACACUAGGUGAGAAGAAGAACGUGAUUAUGCGUUUGAAAUCCAGCAUCGAUUAUACCAAGCAGGAAACUGAUGAGUCGGAGGACAUUGUUGUCUGCAUGACUGCUGAGAAAUUUCGGGUGCUCCAUCACGAAUUAAAGGCUGCAAGGGCACUGAUGGACGCAUAUAUUUAAAAGCUGCAAGGGUAUUUGUUGAUGCACAUAUGCAAUGGCUGCAUGGAAAUUUUCUUAACAACUUUAGGUUCUUUCGCAAGAGUUGGAGAGAUAGAAUUCUGCGUGUGGCAGGUAGUGAGAAAUGGUAGAGUGUUAUUGUAACAAGUGUAGAGGUAUGUGAAAUUGUUCUGAUUACAAUCUCAUUAUUUGAAAAACAUUUUUAACUUUCA